AUGUUUCACAUCGUGGACUUUAUUCAUUCAAAUGAAACAGAAAUUGUGCCAUCAUCAUGGGUUCAUGAUGGCAUGAGUUAUUGGUGUCCUUACAAGGAUAGGCUUCGUUGUGACAGGGCAGUUAUGCGGCAGGAGCCACCAGAUCCAUCAUGGAAUUGUUUUGAUGUUAUUAUAAAAUGCACUAAAGACACCUAUGCCGAAUGCAAGGCCAAAAUGCCAAGAGCCCUGGUCAAUGAGUCAGCAACGGAGUAUGAAGAUGACCGUCCUGCCUACCUAAAAAGGAAAGGAAGGUAUUAUCAAACAAUUACGAAAGGGCAAAAACAGAUACUGGCUUUCAUUGCAUUCCUAGGCCUGGCAGGAGGGAUGUCAACUAAAGAGAGUGUUUGGAGAAUAAUGGCCAAAGUUCUCACAAACUCUUUGGCCAAAACCAUCAACUGGCGUGGUGCAAACAAUAAACAAAAAAUGGAGAGCCUUAUCAUAAAGAAGGUUAUUCUCAGUGCAGUGAGACAAAAUUCAUUCUGCAGCAAAGCAGUCGAUGAAGAAAUAGAAAAAUAUAUAAAAAGAUGGCUGCAACUCGCAGGAGACCGAGAUGGCGGCAGAAAAAAAAGACUGGAAAAAGCAAGACCAAACGAAAUGUGAAGAACUGUACAUCUUAUGUAUAGUACUAUUAUGUAUGUAUAGCAUAGUAUAAAUGUUUCCUAUAUUUUGUAUGUUGUAAGUUUUCUAUGUUUGCUUUUAUUCAUUCAUUCAUUCAUUCUCUUAUCCGCUUAUCCUGUUCAGGGUCGCGGGGAAAGCGGGCGUUAUUAGUUCGCGUAGUUCUAUUAGUUACAUAGUAGAUGUAGUAGUAGUAGUAGUAUGUUUAGUAGUAUUGUGUAUGCGUAGUCUAGUAUUUAUAUUUACAAUAUUGUUCACUUUUAUAAUUAUUAUUUUUAUAUGUAAUUAUAUGUUAUUUUGUAUAUAUAUAUAUAUAUAUAUAUAUAUAUAUAUAAUAUUCAUAUAGUCAUUUUGGUUCACUUUUAUAAUUGGUCAUAUUUAUACUACU